GCUGCUGCCUCCUCCCCCUUUGAGCUCAGUUCCUGCAUCGAGAGAAGAGCGCCGCUUGUCUGGAAGUCCGGAGUCAGACGCCCACCCGCCCGCCGGCCGACUUCUUAAGAGCUGCCGCCAGCAUGUCUUCCAACUCCAGCCUCAACACCAUGCAGCGCCUGGUGGAGCAGCUAAAACUGGAGGCCGGCGUGGAAAGGAUCCGGGUUUCCCAGGCAGCUGCAGAACUUCAGCAGUACUGUAUGCAGAAUGCCUGCAAAGACGCGUUGCUGGUUGGAGUCCCUGCGGGAAGCAAUCCAUUUCGGGAGCCCAGGUCCUGCGCAUUGCUCUGAAGACAGGCAAAGUUAAGUUCUCUUUGAGCAUGAGAGGAAUCCCUCGCGCCUUCCUGUUUUCAGCAAACAUUUUCACUCUUGCUAUGCCCGUAUUUCUGUGUGGCUAAAAUGGUGUCUUUAGAAAUUUGUUAGUGUGAUUGAUCAAUCUUAGUAACUGAUGUUUUUCUAAUAAUUGUAUAAAGCAUUUAAUAAGAAAAAUGCUUUCCUUUUGUAAUGGAGUCCAGUUCCUUUCUACACGUUUCUCUGAGACGUUUGCAUUUUAGAAAAAGCUGAUUACCAAGUCAAAAUGACUUGUUCCUUUGUUUUGUUGUACCAGAUUGAGAUGCUACCUUCCUGGUUUCUGUUUUCCGAGUAAGGGUGCACACUGUGGUCAUGGCCCAGUUAAAGUGAAGCCAUACACAAAUUUACUUAGGAACAGGGCUUUUUUUAGCAGGAAUGCACAAUGCAGUUCUGGCUGGCUUGGUGCCUGGGGGUGUGGCCUAAUGUUGCAAGUAAGGUCCUGCUGGGCUUUUUCUACAAAAAAGCCCUGCGUGAAACAAUGGUGAUGUCAGGGGAUGUGGCCUAAAAUGCAAAUGAGUUCCUGCUGGGCUUUUUCUACAAAGAAAGCCCUGCUUAGGAAUAAGCCUCAGUGGGACAGUGUCUGAAUAAAAAUGCAUAAGAUUGGGCUGCACAUCCCAUUGAUUUCAGUGGUAAAUCAUGAAGCACAUUUUUUAAAAAAUAUCAAGUGCUUGACUUAGAAGUGUUUAGCUUUAGUUGGACCAUGCCCAAUUUUUGUAAGAGGACAGUGCCCAUCUAUUUCAUAUGCAAGGACUAUUUUUCUUCAUGAAAACAUGAGGUGUUGCUAUUCUUAAAAUCUGUGGGUGACAUUUUACAGAAAUAGCUGAUACCAUCUGUAAUACAUUUUUGCCACAGAAGAUCCAAUGUAUUUUUUAUUAUGCUUCUACAGAAAAAUGUUUUUAAAGUGUCUAAGGUGCAGCUCGGCAAAUAAACACUAUUCAAGACAAAUGCACAUAGUUCCUUACAGUAGAUUUUUCAAGGUUUAAAAUGUUAUUGGAACCUCUAGAAAUCUCUUUGUGUUUGGGGGCUGGGUGCAUUUGUUCUUUUUUUUUAACCGAGCACUUUUACACAAAUACUGUUUUCUUUUUGUAAAUGUUUUUGUUUACACACCAUUGUUUGUAUUACUAUAUUAGAAGCUUAAAUGAAAUAAAAAAUUCCUUCCCUAA